AUGCCUCCGAAACGAAAACGGGCGAACACUGCGGCCUCGACUCGAUCAGCUCGGUCGAUAAGAGAUGCCGUGCUGGAUGUAGCGCAACCAUCAUCGAGGGACGCCUCGGAAGAAGAUGCACAAGACCUGGUGCUACAGGAUGUCAGUCAAAGGAAGUCAGAUCAGGUCAAUCCGUCGAAGCGUUCACGGUCUGCCAAUGUCGAUGCACCGUCUGAAGACGCCGAAGAUGCUGAUGCUGACGAUGAUGAUACUGCCCCUAAGAGACAGAGAAAGAACACUGGUCCGUCCCUGCGGGACAUGGAGGAAAUCCUAGAGCACGGUGAGAACGGCGAGCGAGGUACCAUGGGAAUGACGCCUCCGCCGAAGGCUGGCACCGUGGACCCAGUGGGAUAUAAGACAAAUCCACCGCCGAAAGGACGUCCUGUUCGUAUAUACGCUGAUGGAGUUUUCGACUUGUUCCAUCUUGGACAUAUGAGGGUAUUGCAACAAGCCAAGACUGCGUUCCCUGAAGUUCACUUGAUCGUCGGAGUCACUGGUGACAAGGAGACGCAUAGACGAAAGGGUUUGACAGUUCUAUCAGCAAAAGAGCGCGCAGAGAGCGUCCGCCACUGCAAGUGGGUGGAUGAGGUAGUCGAAGACUGCCCCUGGGUCAUCACUGAUGCCCCAGGCUUUCUAGAGAAGCAUAAAAUUGAUUACGUAGCGCAUGAUGAUCUACCCUACGGUGCAGACGAAGGCGAUGACAUCUACGCUCCUAUAAAGCAGAAGGGUAUGUUCUUGGUCACCGCCAGGACAGAGGGCGUUAGCACAACUGGCAUCAUUACAAAAAUCGUCAAAGAUUACGACAAGUACAUCUCGCGGCAGCUCAAGAGAGGAACACCGCGUCAAGAACUUAACGUGUCCUGGUUGAAGAUGAACGAACUCGAGAUCAAGCGCACGAUGUCCGACCUGAGGAACAAUAUAAAGAGUAAUUGGACAAAUACUGGCUCUGAAGUCGGACGGGAGCUUCGGCAGUUCUGGUCCUCUCAGAUCAGUCGCCCAGCCAGUCCUGCAAGGCCUUCAGCAGAGCUUGGCAAUGGCGACUUGAUGCCUUCGCCCAGGAAUGCUGCUCUUGCCAAUAUCAGCCGCCUCGACAUUCCUAGAAAUCCUGGUGGUGCCCAAUCUUCAGACUUCGUUGCAGGUUACAGUCUUGGCUUGAUAGGUGGAGUCCGCUCUUGGAUGUCGCGCAAUCGUCGUACACUCAACGAAAGCCGGCCUGAAAGCCCAACAAGUGAUGACAGCUCUGGAGACCGCAGCCCCCAUGCUGAGCCUUCACGUGGUAGACCAGGCAAGCGUGUACAGGACCAGGUACAUGCGUAA